AUGGACGACUAUCUUAAAGUAGGAACCAUACAGCCGAACCUGGAUAUCCUCCAGCGGCCGGGCUCCGUCGGAGCGCAGAGGUCACAGUACCUUGCUCCCAACUUCAGCGACAAGCAGCUCUAUCUCAGCGGCUAUGGGCGCCACUGGGGGGAGAAAAUAACGUACUCCGUUGGACUAGCAUACGGUUCGGGCAUGCUCCUGGGCGGCUCGUUCGGACUAAUCAAGGGUAUAGCUAAGGGCGGAGCGACCAAGAAACUGUUUAUCAACUCGCUGCUAAACCUGUGUGGAACCUAUGGACCGGGGCUGGGCAACCGCACGGCGUGUGUCACGUUGCUCUAUUGCGUGAUCAACAGCUCCAUCAAGCUCACGCGUACUUCCGAAGAAUACGACCAGUACGUCGCUCCUGUGGCAGGUUUUGCCGCUGGCGCGUUGUACAAGUGCAAGGGAAGGUGGCCAGCGUUCGCCAGGUACUCCCUGGGGUCAGCAGCGGCGUUCACGGCGAUCGACUAUGCGCUGAGGAAUUCAUACAUCUGA